UCUUGUGGAAUGUGGACUAGUGUUUGCACGUUCUUGUAGAAUUAAAAGUUUCUGCAAUGGGAAGAAAACCUUGCUGUGAGAAAGUUGGAUUGAAGAGAGGUCCAUGGGCUAUUGAAGAAGAUCAAAAGCUCAUGAAUUUCAUCCUCAACAAUGGGAUUCAAUGCUGGCGACUUGUCCCUAAAUUAGCAGGCUUGUUAAGGUGUGGAAAGAGUUGCAGAUUGAGAUGGAUGAAUUAUCUGAGGCCUGAUCUCAAGAGGGGAGCAUUGACAGAAGCUGAAGAAGAUCAAAUAAUCGAACUUCAUUCCCGUUUGGGUAACAGGUGGUCCAAGAUUGCUGCACAUUUCCCAGGUCGUACAGACAAUGAGAUUAAAAACCAAUGGAAUACCAGAAUCAAGAAGAAACUAAAGCUCCGUGGUAUGGACCCCAAAAACCACAAGCCUGUUGAGAAAGAUAAGGAUUUUGCAUCAGAAGAAGGCAGUCUGCAACCUGCAGAACCCUCCAAGGAAGAGUUGAAAUUGCAGGAUAAUAAUCCAGGCUCCAAGGGUAAUAAUCAGAUGGAAAAUGAUCAGGUGGACAAUUGUUGCUCUUCAGGACAGGAUUCCAACUUAGUCCAAACAAAUGCAACUUCGAGCAAAGACUUGGAUGCUGCAGGAUCUAUUUUGACCCCACGUACCGAUCAAUCUGAAUCAUUUUCUUCAAGAAUUGACGAAUCUAUCCUGCAAGAAGAUUCUUAUCAACAUUGGAUUGAUAAUGUGGAGGACUUUUUGCUUUCAUGGGAUGGGUUUAGUAAUCUGGAAGAGAUUUUUCAUUUGGACAGUCAUCAAUAAUAUAUUGGAUUUUUAUCAAUGGAAAUGUUGUUAUACAUGUAUUUUCCAGUGCUUACUGAUGAUUUAAUUGGAGGCAUGUCAAGUCUCACAAAUAAAGGGAAAUAAUGGACGCACAUUA